AUGGCGGCGACGAACGCGGCGGCGUCGUCGCGUGCCGAGGUGCCCGUCCGCCGCGGGUGGGCGGCGACCCAGCGGUCGAGACGGGCGUCGAGGUCGUCCCCGAGCCGCGCCGCGACGUCGUCUGCCACCAGCCGGGCCAGCACCCGCCUGCGCUUGGCGCGCAGGCCGUCGGCCUCGGCGGCGAGCCGCUCGCGGUCGAAGCCUGCCGGGGCCGGAGCGCCGUCGACCAGCGCGGCGAGCAGGGCCGCCUGCCGUGCGGCGAGCUCCUCGCGGCUCACCGGCGGACCCGGUCGUGCACGGCGCGCAACGCCGCGAGCUCGGCGGCCAGAUCGUCGUCCGGCGGGUAGCGGCCGUCGCGCUCGAGCAGGACCGCGGGCGGGCGCCCGCGCUCGCACAGGUCGUCGAGCAGGUCGAGCACCGGCGCGCUCAGCGGGUGGGUGUGGGUGUCGUGGUAGAGCCCGUCGUGCUCGACGCCGCCCGCGGCGUGGACGUACGCGACCCGCUCGAGGGGCAGCUCGUCGAGCGUGUGCCGCGGGUCCUGUCCGAGGUUCACGCGCGCGGCGUGCAGGUUCGCGACGUCGAGCAGCAGCCCGGCGCCGGUGCGCUCGCAGAGCUCGGCGAGGAACGCGCCCUCGGUCAGCUCGUCGUCGGGCCAGGCGAGCAGUGGCGCGAUGUUCUCGAGGGCCAGCGGGACCCCCAGCAGGUCCUGCGCGCGCCGGACGUUGUCGACCAGCACCGUCAGCGCCGUGCGCGUGCGCGGGACCGGCAGCAGGUGCCCCGCCUCGAGCCCGCCCGCGCGGACGAACGCGACGUGGUCGCUCACGAGCGGCGCGUCGAGCGCGGCGGCGACGGCCGCGAGGUGCUCGACCCGGUCGGUGCGCAGGGGCUCCGCCCCGCCCAGCGAGCACGACACGGCGUGCGGCACGACCGGCAGUCCCCGCUCGCGCAGGACCGUGA